CAAGGAAGUAAACGCCACUUUGCGCUCGGUGUCUCCAAAUCUAAAAUGAAAAUUGAUAACUACACAAAUCAGUCAUAGAAUAUUAAGGAAGACGAAGUCAGCAACUACCUCAGCUGAUUUAUUUUACACAAGCCCUUGUUAGAAAAAGCUGAGUUUGGGGCGCGAAGACACCGACUACAACCAAUGUGAUGCCUCACUCCUGCUGCUGAGUAGAGGACAUGCAGGGUGGUAAAGGAGAUAUAUUAUAAGCCUUCAUGGACCACAAAGGAAAACCUUGGGAAGGAGCCAUGAGUUUGGAGGAGCUGCCACAAAUGGACGGAACAUGCGAUGCAUGCGAGCCUGAUGAGGCUCAACUGGCCACGCAAGUAUGCAACACCUGCAGCUUUGCCUUCUGCAGUGUGCAUGCUGAAAUACACGCCUCCAGCAGACAUCACCCGCUAACACCGUAUAACCAUGAGGGGACGCAAGCCACUGGACUUGGCCCCAACAGAGACUCUGGAAUUGUAAGUGGAGACAAGGCGGAGAUUUUGAUGGAGCUGCCGGAUGUACAGGAUUUGAGUCAAGCAGAACUUGUAGAUGAGAGCGGUGAUGCUGAGAAUAGCCAUGGAUCCAAGAAUGGCCUGCUGCUGGAGACUGAGUUUAGAGCUGAGGGUUCAAAAGAAGGGCAGGAGACCGUCGUUGCUGGAGAGGCAGUGAAGAAGGACACUGUGACAGUAGAAAGGCUACGCUGCAUGGAGCAUGGACAGGAAGGCUCCCUCUACUGUAAAGCAGAUGAAAAGAUUAUCUGUGUUGUGUGUGCUGUGCAGGGUGAGCACCAGGACCAUGAGAUUAUCACUCUGCAUGAGGCUUACAUCUGGCAGAAGAAUAGACAGGGUUACGACCUGUUGGGCUGUACUCGACAAAUGGGAGAGAAGAUCACAAGCAAGUGGACAAACCCUAAGAUGUCUGCAGACCAGAUGGAGGUGUAUGUGAACACCCAGUUUGAUGAGCUUCGCAGAUUGGUACAUCUGGAAGAAAAGAGGACCUUGCACCUUGUAGAUCUCAAAGAGGCGGUUUUGACCGCAUCUGCUGCAGAAAAGAUUGCCGAGAUCACUGUCCAAACCAAGCGACUCCAAGAGGAGAUGGCCAGCAUUACACAGCAGCUUUGUAUGCUGGAACAGGCUCAGGUGCCAACAGUAGGUCCUGCCCUGGCAACAGAGGACUUCGCAGAAGCACCAGGACCUGUCCAUAGAAUAAUGCAUGACUUUGAAGCCAGACCCAGGUUGCCAGAGCCGAGGGCUCACCCGGUGGACCCACAGGACUUUGAAGACAGUGAUUCUGGAGCUUCCGUGGACCAUUCUCCCUGAUAGUGGACUUGCUGGGCUUGUGUUGUGUGCUAGAAGCUACCUUCUCCGCCCCAGAUGGCAGUGAAAUGACCUUGAAGUAACUUGUGAGAGCUCAACGGUGGGGUCGAAACAGCUUUUCCACUCUCAAACAUUGAAAUUUCCCUCGCCUUAUUAACUUUGCUUAAUGGGAAACACUGAAAUUCUCUGCCAUCGAUUAUAAUCUGGUCCAAUUUCUGCUGCCAGUUGGAUCCAGGUGAGCCUGGCGGACUCAGCGAGGAAGAUGGGUAACGUUGCUUAGUCCAUUAGGCUCAGCAUUAGGACUCAGUUUUUUAGGACAGCAGAGUUCAAAGCUUCUUUUUUAUUGUGAAAAAACACAUCUAACUUUUUAUACUCUUGUCUCUUCUGCUUCCCGUCAUCCUGCUGCCUUAAUGUUUAUUUCCAUACUCCCCAUCUGUGUCUCCUUCCCUGAUUCUUACUGCACUUGCAUUUGUAUGCAAAUGCUUUUUAGGACCUACAGAGCAGUUUGACACGUAUUGAUUUAGAGAGGUUUAUGAGUCUUUGUUGGGCGAAAAUCAAACCGUAAUUUAAGUUUUGUAAAAGACCUCUGCCGCACUAUCAGCUCUGUGUGUACUACUCAUAUAACGACUCAUCACUCUUGCCGUGACAAAUUUACACACUUUCCACCUUGACCCGUUCAAGCACGGCUUUCAUUCACCGUGCACCGCGACAAGUCUAUCUGUAUAAGCAGAUGCUUUUUAAUGUGAUUGUUUCUCUUCUGUCAUAAAUUCUACAGUGCAAGUCUGUGCUUUGUGAGCCAUGCAUGACAACACUAAGGAGUGCUGCACUGGGGUGCACUUCGUGCAGCAGCAUCAUCAUUUAAAAAAAAAAAGAUAGGACCCUGAUUCCCACGUUGAUAUUUGUCUAUGUUUCUCUUGAACCUAGAAAUAAAUAGCGAUUUAAUGUCAAAGAUGACGUUUAUAUUUACACUUGAACAACAAUGUCUUUAUUACUGGACCUGAAAAGGCACCCAGGACACUUUUACAAAUAGGGUUGAGUAUCAUUUACAUACACUCCUGAUCAAACAUUUCAGACCAGCUGAAAUUGAAGUGAAAAAGUUUAACACCAUAGCUAAAAAAACAAAAAAACAAAAACAGAACCCCCUUAAAAUAGAAAUGACAUUUUCAAAAAGGACUCAGUAAUGAGUAGCUGCGCCAUUCUUGUUAAUCACCUCAAGAAUUGGUUUGGGAACGCUUGAUGCCAGUGUUUCCAGGAUGCUAGGGGGCAUGUUGCUCCAGGUGGUGAAGAUGGCUUCAUGGGGGGCAUGCACUGUCUGGAAAUGAUGUCCGUUUUUGUAAUCUUCCCUUGCCAUCUAUCCCCAAAUGUUUUCAAAUGCAUUUAGAUCAGGGGAACUCACAGGAUGGUCUAAAAGAGUGACAUUAUUCCUCUGGAGGAAGUCCUUUGUCAGGUGGGCAUUGUCUGCAGCAUUGUCCUGGUGACAAACCAGUCAUUACCACACAGACGAGGGCCAUAAGUCAUGAGGGAUGCCCCCUGCAACAUCUCCACAUAGUCACCGCCGUUUGACGCCCCUGCACAACCUGAAGCUCCAUUGUUCAUCAUAAUGGCCACUAUGGAAAACAUCUCAGGUGAGAUGUCCUUGUCAUGCCAGUAACGCUGGAAGCCAUCAGGACCGUCAAUAGAAUAAAACUUCCUUCCACCUUUCAUUGUCUCAUGUUUGGUGCUCUUGUGCAAAUUCCAAACAGGCAAUGUUGUCGCGUUGAAGGAGACAAGCCUUUGAAGACGUUUCUUUGUUCUUAAAAUCCUUCUCUUGCCGUCUGAUGGUUAUUGGACUGCACUUUGUACCAUUAACAACCUUCAUUUGGGCCGAGGAUCGUCUCCUGUCUUCACGGACAGCCAGUCGGAUCCUCAGAUCCAGGUUCAGAUCCAGUGCCAUUUUUUGAGGUCUACCACGACUUUUUUGUUCCAUAAACCUCAGGAUCUUUGAAGACGUUUCAAAAGACUGUCUUACUGCAUCCGACCUCAGCAGCAAUGGCGCGCCACGAGAGGCCUUGCUUAUGCAGCUCAACAAUCUGGCCGCAUGCGCACACACUCGCACAUGCUCUCUGUGACUUGAACGAAUCGAGCAGCCGAUUCGCAUCUGUGAGCGAUUUACAAGAGCUCGAGUUAGUAAAAAGAAUCGAGUUUUCCAUCUCUAGUGACGACCUGCUUGUGUUAUGUUUAUGUUCAGUAUUACGGUGUUUGCGAACGCACCUUGCCGUGAGUGUGACUGGUGGAUAAUCAGGUUCGUUACGCAUCCAUGAUUAUAAGAACAGUUUGCAAGCAGGUGAAGUUCCGGUAGUUGGGAACAGGAAAGCAAAUAUGUUGCGGCUGCUCGUUUUUCUUUGACUUCAUCAAGAUUCAAAGCAGCAAAGCCUCCAGACAGGAAUGGGAAUUGGAGGAUAGGGAAGAAAGGAUCGUGAUGAAGUCAGGGAGCUCCUUAGAUUAGCUGCCUCAAUACAGAGGUGUCUUCUGGUGACACUCAAACGGGCCAAAACUCCCUUUUAUCAACUCAAAUUCACAACCAGUAGACCCCUGAACCACCUGUCGUUUACUGUCAUACCCUCUCUGUACCUGAAAUGGUCCACUGAGAAAAGAAUGCUUUCUCAGCAUGUCUGGCUCCGUCUGCAUUGAGGUACUGACCCGGAAAAACUCAUUAAAUCCAGUGGUCACUCUCACCAACUGACUCUGGGUUUGAAUUCUCGUUUUAGCUCUCUUUACACAAAUAAUGGGAUUUAAUAAUCUGUCCCAUACACUAUUAAGUAAGUUACUUCCAAAAUCUUACUCAUUUAUUACGAGUUACUGUCAUUUGACAAGUUACAAUGCAUUUUAAAUGAGAAGAUGGUGUCGUCUAUUUUGCAUGAUUGGUCUCGACGUAUGUAGCAUGAGUGCAUGGAUACGGAUAUGUUAAAAAUACAUAUUUUUUUAUGUGUUUGGUCUCUCUUCCACACGCAAACAUAGGUUUUGCUUUUGGAAAACCCCUGCCAGAGGGGAGAUUCUCCAAAACUCCAGCUCAGUGUUUGUUCGUGGUUGAGUAAAACGGAGCAUUAUGGUUGGCGUCAUAAGAAAUGUGCAACAUCAUCACCGUUUAAAAACAGAACAUGAAGUUAUUGAUGGCUGCAUCAUAAUGUUUCCAUGGCUCCAUGUAAUUGUGCGCUGAUUUUACAGGUUAUGUACAUGACAUUCAACACCUAAUAUGUCACAGUGUUGUAGUAUCGGGGGAGUUGCCGUGCAGGCACCUUGUAAAUAGAGUUAGACUCUUAUGUUGUGUUCUAUUCAUAGUUGUUGUAAUACCCAUAUAGUAGGUGUUCAUGUGUUAACGUACUGUUAUGUGUUGCUUGCGAUAAAAGAGCACUUUUCUUAAGCAAGCUGAAGUGCCUCUGACCACUUGCUGUGUGCCAUCCCAAAGAUUACGGCCCUGAGUCCAUCAAAAAACCUGAGGAAGGGGCCAACAUUCUGCCUCGGGAGAAAAUGGGGGUGAGAGGAUGUCUGAUCAUGUUUAACCUGGGAGACCACAAGGUUCCCUUUUUUCCACACCCAAUUACACCUGCUCUUCCAGGUUCAAUUCACUGAGCAUGUUCUCACAGGAAUGCACACACACACACACACACACACACACACACACACA